AUGCCUUCUCUAGCGCGUCUUGUCGCGUUUGUCGCUCUUCUAGCGUCCGUCAGCGCCAUUGUCCCUCCAGGUCAGCAAGGGUCGCCUAACCAGCCUAUCGAUGUCUCGGAAAACGAUGCGCCAACAACCGAUACCGAUUCAAUCGUUCAAACCGCUGGUCAAGUUGACCAGAAGAGCAGCCCACCUAUCGAUGCGCCACCAAGCUCGGAUGUUCCCCCCACAACUGUGACCGCCCUUGACGGCGCUCUUACCAAUGCAACUGUCUCAGAGGUGUCGGGAUCGUCAAACACGACUUCGACUUCAACACGUCGUAGCGUUGGUCGUCUUGGUCAGCGAACAUCCGGCUUCACCAAAGUUUUCGACGGUCUUCCGGCUGGAAAACAUGAUGCGUCUAUCCAAGGAACGGCAUACCUCACCUACACUGUUGUCGAUAACAGCACGUACAACGUUCAGGCGUGUUUGGAUUGGUGCACUCAACGGGUCGACGGCUGUGUCUUCGUCAACAUAUUCUACGAAUUCAACAACUACCUCCUCGACUUCGUUUUCUCCGAAAAGUCCAACCUUAAAUGCGCAGCCUACGGUGACAUCCACAACGCAACCGAGAAGCUCAAUUUCGGCGGCCAGCCAUCGUAUCCCCAAGUUGGCGAUGCGCCAGUUCCUCUCACGUACAUCACACAAAGCAGUGGCUACGCAGUCAACUCUCUCGUUAACCCCUCCGACCCAGACGGCUAUGACCUUGUAUUUGGACCGACUGGUGGUGCUAACAAUGCUCCUGGGUACAUGGGCUUCGCUUUCCUCGAUAAGUACGACGUAGAUGCCUGUGCGCAACUUUGCAAUGGCCGUGGCGUAGACCCAGUUGGUGGAGGAUGUUCUUACUUCAACAUCUGGCGAGCGGUUGUCAACGGUGUGCCCACAACCUACACCUGUUCCAUGUACUACCUUGUAGCUGACGAGUCGACUGCCGUCAACUACGGCCAGGGCAGUCUUGUGGUGACACUCUCCCGUGGAUAUGCGCGUAAAAAUCUUGUCAUCGACGGUGGUUUCGAAGGCUAUACUGGCUGCAGCGACUUCUGCUUCACUGCUUCGUAUAGCAACUGGAUCGGCACUUCACUCGGCAAUCUCGAUGCAAGCGUUUUCCACUUCCAACCUUACUCCCACUUUGGCAGUGGUGUUGCUCUCUUUGGUGCUGCAUUUGGCGACGAUAGCUUGGCAGGAACCCUCAAGCCUGCUAAGCCUCUCGUGACGGAAAAAGGUGCCAGCUACGUCAUCCAGGCCUUCUUCAUCUCGUCCUUCUCUGGACCGAGCCUCGAGGCACACGCUAAGGUUGAUGUGUUCUGGAACGGCAAACGGGUUGGAGGCACGAGCGGCUUUGUUGGCUCGUACACUUUUACCCAGUCGACUGUUGUCACUGGUACUGGAAGUGAUCUGCUUUCCUUCGUUGGCGGUGCUGCUCCGGCGUGGACAUUCCUUGAUGAUGUCAAGGUCUUCAAAGUCUAA